GCUCCCCAGGCGGCCAAGAAGGAGCGCCGCGCGGCUCGCGCUCUCGCACCAUGUUCCAGGGCCCCGAGGCCGAGCCCGCCAAGCCCAGCUCCAGGGUACUGAAGCCCCCUGGAGGAGGGUCUAGUAAUCUCUUUGGAAGUGCAGAAGAAGUUUCUUCUUCCAGCAAGCCGCACCGAAUGGCAUCCAAUAUUUUUGGAGCAUCAGAAGAACCACAGAAUCUUCCAAAAAGAACAAACCCUCCAGGGGGAAAAGAAAGUGGUAUUUUUGAGGAUUCUGGUACUGCUCAACCUCGUCCACGUAUGAAUCCACCUGGUGGGAAGACAAGUGAUAUCUUUGGCUCUCCAGUAUCUACCAGCGUUGUGCGAGCACACCCCAACAAGCCUAAGGAUCACAUCGUCUUGAAGGAAGAUGAAACACCAAAGAAGCCAGAAGCUGCAGAAAAUAAGAAACCACAGCUGGAAGAUGGUGGCGAGAAAAAAGAUGUGGGCAAAGAGGAGCGAUGCAAGGAGCCAGAACCCAAGAUAGACAAUCAUGAGCCCAGAUUAGGGCCAAGGCCACGCUCACACAACAAAGUUCUCAAUCCCCCCGGUGGGAAAUCCAGCAUUGCAUUCUAUUAGGGUCAUCUGUUCACUUUCACUAAUGGAGUCUGCACAGAAAUUCUGAUCUGUGGUUGCGAGGUCAGUUUUCAGGGUAUUGUUUGUGGAUAGAUCCUUAGGCUGAUGGAUGAGGAUUGUGCUAAAGUGUGUGGAAAAGAAACCUGAUGAUUUGGGGAGGGAGGGUAAGGGGGGGAAGGGAUGCCCUGUAGGAGACAGGAGUGUGGGACUGCCUAGGUGGGUGGUGGAAGGGAACAUUAUUGUAACUUUGUGAAAGAGCAGUGCUACUUUGUGGUGAGUUCAUUGGGCUAGCAAGUGGCUCAGGACACGCUGGUGGAGCUAGGCUUCCCUGUGCAGUCAACAUGUAAAACAUUGUGAAUGGGUAAGGACCUGGAGGUCACAUCUGGAAUAUUUUGACGCAAAGCAGGUAGGCUGUGCUUUUUUCUUGGCAGUAGGAGACAGCUUCAUAGUGUGAGUUGACUUGCAGUCGCUUUAAUGUAAAUAGUUCUACUGGAACAACUAGUGCUACCAUGUUCUUGAGAGUCUUUAAUCUUUGGUUCUUUUUUCCUUUCUUGCUUCAGAGCAUGUGAUUGCUGAUACAAGGGCAAAACAUGCUGAAGGUCUCUUUUAUACUCUCGUAAAUCACCGUAUGUUAAUAGAUAUCUUGAUUGAUUUUUUUUUUUCCCCUCCCCAGAGCAUUCAAGCCUUUCUUCUGCCUUCAGUAAUCUGCUGAUUACUAUGAGUAGCUCUAGAUAAAUGAUAACGCCAGUCCAGUGUACCGUUUCAUAUAGGUGCUUCUAGAAGACUUUAAAGGAAAGUAUCGUGGUUGAGUGCUUGCACACUUUAUGGAAAAGAUGUGAGUGCAAGCAGUAGCUUAAUAGUACUCUUUGAACAGAAAUAGCGUAUGGUCUACAGUUACUGUAGAUUAUCUGCUGAGAUGUCUAGCCAGCUGACUUUGAUAACCCAAUCUGUAUAGAAAUGCCUUAGUUUCUGCAAUGGUGUUUUACUUUUGUAUGCUGCAGAAACCAGGACUGUUAUACUGUCUUCACCACAGUGCAUUUUUUUCGUUUGCCUGUGCUGACUCUGUUAGUGAAUUCUCCCGUCUUCGGUCGGCCUCGCAUUUGCCUUUGACUGCCUCAGAUUUUUGUUGUUAAGGAAGAAAGCUAUUUGAAUUCUUCCCAAACCAUGAUUGUAGUUGUUUUGAGUCAUGCUGUAGACCAUCCUAGUUGAAGCAAAGACAAUACAGCCCUUUUGUUUAUGCUGGCUUUCUUAAAUCAUGUUUGGAAGAUGUGCAUUUAUUGAACAAGAGUAUGGGGGGAGGGUGGCUCCCACCAUUGAUUCUCUGAAUGAGCUUUCUGAUCAUAUUCAGAGCUUUCAUAUUUGAAUGUCAACAUUAAGCGCUUAGUAGUGACUUUUUAAAUUUGACAUAUCAAAACAGGAGUUGUUCAGGUACACCAAAGAACAAGUGGCCUUAUCUGCGUAUAUUCACUGCUGUUCUAGCCCAGGUUUCCUGAAAACUGCUGCUGUUUAGAGGGAACUUUCUCUGGGUCAGGUGCUAAAAAAACACUCUGAUUAUGGUGCUUAUUAGUCUGUUCUGUUUAUAGACUGCUCUGCUUAGUUUGUGAGAAGUGGUGGAUGACUGUGUGAAGACUUAGUUGCCUUUUCAGAUUGUGAAAGUGAAAUACAUGGGACAAUGCUAAAGAUCUAAAUAGCCAUGGGAAGUAGGAAUUCCAAGCCCUCUUUCACAUGGAUUUGGGGUGCUCUGUUGUUUGGCCCCCUUGGAGAACAACACAGGGAUUCUAACUUAAACCUUAUACUGCAUUUAUGCUACUUCCAAACAUGUAUUUCUUAGUAGCUUUUCUCAAGUCUGUGGUGCCGUGCUUCUGGCUGAGCUUCAGACACUUCUGUUUCAAUACCUUGUUCCACGCUUGACAAGAUUUUAAGACGUUACUGGAUUUAAAAAACAAAAACAAACAAACAAAAAAACCUCAACCAGAAGCUGCUUUCUGCACUGAAGGAUCUGGUACAAUUGAUGUUGUCUCUAAUACUGAGCUUAGGUUUGUCAUCUUUUAGUGCAUUGGCUUCAGUGCCUGUCUUUUAAACAAACUUCAAACUGGGCCUUUACUUUGGUUGAACUGUUUGUUUUCAUGCUUUUUUUUUGUUUUGUUUUGUUUGGUAUCUAAACCAUGUCUCCAGUUCAUCAAGUGGACUUGAUAAGAGCCUUUCUCUGCCACAGAAGAUGAUUUGAAAUCAAAUGAUGAAUCAUGCACUUGUCAAUAAACCUCUGUAUUUUGCUACUUCACUGUGUGUUGUAGAUGUGUGCUCUUACAAAGUAAUUGGUGGUCUAGCUGAAUAACACUGAAUUUUAUCUGAAAUCGGAAAAAUUGCACAAAGUUCUUGGGCCUUCUGUAGUGUAAAGUGUGCUUUGGAGAUGUGAUAUCCUACCUGAGGUUGCUCAUUAGAAAGCGUCUCUGUUACCCCUGGGGAGUUAAGGAAUGCAGCAAGGGUGGGCUAGUCAGGCUUAUUUUUGGGAGAGGGAGAUAACGUUUCAUGUUCUUACAAUACAGGGAUGCUGCUAUGCUCUUCAGUGUUGGUUUGAAUAUUCAAAUAUUUUUUUUAAUACUUAAGUCUAUUUGUAGUACAGUAUAAUAACUCCCCUUAAGCAGAGGACUCUCUUUAUGUGAUGAAGUUGUAUUCCUACAUCCACACUUCCAGUCAGUCUGUAAAACUGCUCUCCUGUGCCAUACUAUCUCUGCCAACAGAAUGGAGUGGCCAUAAUUUCAGUUCAGGUGAGUUGGCUGUGGUGGCUUCUCAGCUGGGGUGUCUGCUGAUAUUGCCUGAAGUUGCAGGCUGUGAUGUCCUGCAGAGCCUCUCACUUAGCACCUGUUACUAGUCUUUUUUCUAUUCUGCAUGGAGAAAUUUGCCCCUUACAAUUAAAAACUCUUCUCUCAAGUAUGCACAAUGCUUUGGAUAGGAUCUGCUUCAUGUGAGAAGCUGUGAAUGUCCGUGAUGCUUGUUGCACUGGUAACAACAGAUUGUCCUUGUAGACUACAGAACAGUUUCAUUUCACAGCUCUGCACAUAACUUCGUUACUUUGCCCCUGAAUUGAGCAUUUGAAGUACCCUUGGUGUAGAUUGUUAUCCAGGUUACUGGUCCAGUUGUGGAAGGAAAAUGUGAAUAUGUCUUAUGGUCUAAUCAAGAUAGGUUCAGUUUUUCUGCUCUUAAGACUGCUGACUUCUGUGCACGUUUUAAGCAUCUUCUGAUAUUGUCCUCUUGCAUCACUGCAUGACCUUUGAUAAGCAACAUCCACAGUUUUCACUCUUGAUGAAGAAGAUUGAUGUACUCUGUUUGAAGUAGGUAGCAUUACUGCCUUUUUUUGUGUCGUAGCUACCUGGUGAUCAUGUGAUGGAGGACUGUUUGAUGCCUGCCUGUCUGUAGUUUAGGAGUCAGCUGGCCACCUAGCACUUUGUUCAAGUCCUCUGAAUUGUAUGUUAUUCAGCUUGUGCUUCAAGCUCUGUUGACAUCCUGUAUCGCUUCCGUGUGUGAAAGAUGAAGGUUUAGAAUGCUGAGGCUAGAGAUUUUGCAUUAAUUUGUUCACUUUCCUUGAAAAAUAAAGUAGUAUCACAACC